GGUCGGCCGCCCCGGCCCUCCGAGAGCGAUCGAGCUGGGGGUGCAUCAGAGACCGAUCCAUCCGUCCUUGAAAAGAAGAGAAAGGGGCCAUCCGUUACUGAUCGAUCGCGACCCGGCCUCUCUCCUCCCUCCAUCACCGUCACCAGCGGACUCACAACUCCAAAGCCCCAGCUCCAUCGCCGGCCUCACCUCCGCCCCCUGGCCGCAGCAAAGGAAAUGCCUCGUCCCUCAGCCAGCCACCACCGCCUACCAUAGCCACACCUCCCGCCCGGCAGCUAGCUACCUUCACCACCUUCACGGCUCCGCUGCAUUACCACCCCAAUGGCUCGGGCUCUUCUCCCCCGCCACCUCGUCCUCGUCCUCCUGCUGCUGCUGCUGCGCACCGCCAUCGCCAUCGCAACCACGGCCACCACCCCUCAAGCUGGUGACGACGACGCCCUAGCCAGGCAGGCCGCGAUCCUGGUUUCCAUCAGGGACGCCUUCGCCGCGCCGCUCCCGCCGCCGCUGCGCGCGUGGGCGCUCGCCAACAGCGCCUCGCUCUGCACCUCGUGGCCCGGCGUCGCGUGCGGCCCCGGCGGCCGCCGCGCCGUCGUCUCGGUCGACGUCUCCGGCUACAACCUCUCCGGCGCGCUCUCCCCCGCCGUCGGCCGCCUCGCGGGCCUCCUCUUCCUCUCCGCCGCGGGGAACUCCCUCUCCGGCGCGCUGCCGCCGACCCUCGCCGGCCUCCGCGAGCUGCGCCACCUCAACCUCUCCAACAACCAGUUCAACGGCACCCUGGCGGGCAUCGACUUCUCCGCGAUGCGGGAGCUCCAGGUGCUGGACCUCUACGACAACGACCUCGCCGGCCCGCUCCCCGAUCCCGAGGCCGCCGGCCUCGCCGCGCUCCCGGGCCUCCGCCACCUCGACCUCGGCGGCAACUUCUUCUCCGGCGCCAUCCCGCCCGCCUUCGGCCGCCUCCCCGCCAUCGAGUUCCUCUCGCUCGCCGGGAACAGCCUCGCGGGGCCCAUCCCGCCCGACCUCGCCAACCUCAUCACGCUGCGCCACCUCUACCUCGGCUACUUCAACCGCUUCGACGGCGGCAUCCCUGCGGAGCUCGGGAGGCUCGCCAACCUCGUCCACCUCGACCUCGCCAGCUGCGGCCUGCAGGGCCCCAUCCCGGCCUCGCUCGGCGGCCUCGCCAGGCUGGACACGCUCUACCUGCAGACCAACCAGCUCAACGGCACCAUCCCGCCGUCGCUCGGCAACCUCACCGGCCUCAGGUUCCUCGACGUCUCCAACAACGCGCUCACGGGGGAGAUCCCUCCCGAGCUCGCCGCGCUCAGGGGGCUCAGGCUGCUCAACAUGUUCAUGAAUCGCUUCCGCGGCGGCAUCCCGGACUUCGUCGCCGACCUCGACUCCCUGCAGGUCCUCAAGCUGUGGCAGAACAACUUGACGGGGGCCAUCCCCGCGGCGCUCGGCCGCGCCGCGCCGCUCCGGGAGGUGGACCUCUCCACGAACCGCCUGACGGGCCAGGUGCCGCGCUGGCUGUGCGCGCAGGGCCGGCUGGAGAUCCUCAUCCUCCUCGACAACUUCCUCUUCGGGCCGGUGCCGGAGGGGCUCGGCGCCUGCGAGACGCUCACGCGGGUGCGGCUGGGCCAGAACUACCUCGCCGGGCCGCUCCCGCGCGGCUUCCUCUACCUGCCGGCGCUCACCACCGUGGAGCUGCAGGGCAACUACCUGACGGGGCGCCUGGAGGAGGACGACGCCGGCGUGCCCGCCAAGCUGUCGCUGCUCAACCUGUCCAACAACCGCUUCAACGGGUCGCUCCCGGCGUCCAUCGGCAACUUCUCCGCGCUGCAGACGCUCCUCCUCGGCGGGAACCAGCUGGCCGGCGAGAUCCCGCGGCAGGUCGGGCGGCUGAAGCGGCUGCUGAAGCUGGACCUGAGCGGCAACAACCUGACGGGCGCGGUGCCCGGCGAGGUCGGGGACUGCGCGUCGCUGACGUACCUGGACCUGAGCGGCAACCGGCUGUCCGGCGCGAUCCCCGAGCGGCUGGCGCGGAUCAGGAUCCUCAACUACCUCAACGUGUCGUGGAACAUGCUCAGCGGCAGCAUCCCGCGGGAGCUGGGCGGCAUGAAGAGCCUGACGGCCGCCGACUUCUCGCACAACGACCUGUCCGGGCGCGUGCCGGACAACGGGCAGUUCGCCUACUUCAACGCGACGUCGUUCGCGGGCAACCCGCGGCUGGUGAUGGGCGCGCCGCGGCGGUGGGCGGGGCCGCAGGAGCAGCAGGAGCAGCACCAGCACCAGCAGCUGGUGGGGCGGCUGAAGCUGUUGGCGGCGCUGGGCCUGCUGGGCUGCUCCGUGGCGUUCGCGGCGGCGGCCGUGGCGACGACGCGGUCCGCCAUGGUGCGCCGGCGCGGGCGCGGGCGGUCGGCGCGGGCGGGGCGGUGGCGGAUGACGGCGUUCCAGAAGGUGGCGUUCGGGUGCGAGGACGUGGUGCGGUGCGUGAAGGAGAACCACGUGGUGGGGCGCGGCGGCGCCGGCGUGGUGUACCGCGGCGAGAUGCCCGGCGGGGAGGUGGUGGCCGUGAAGCGCAUCGUGGCGGGCGGCGGCGGCGGGUUCCAGGCGGAGGUGGAGACGCUGGGGCGGAUCCGGCACCGGCACAUCGUGCGGCUGCUGGCCUUCUGCUGCAGCUCGUCGGCGGGGGACGAGGCGAUGCGGCUGCUGGUGUACGAGUACAUGGUGAACGGCAGCCUGGGGGAGAUGCUGCACGGCGGCGGGGAGGCGGACGGGGCCCGGCAGCCGCUGGCUUGGGCGGCGCGGCUGCGCGUGGCGACGGAGGCCGCCAGGGGGCUGUGCUACCUCCACCACGACUGCUCCCCGCCGAUCCUGCACCGCGACGUCAAGUCCAACAACAUCCUCCUGGACGCGCGCAUGGAGGCCCACGUGGCGGACUUCGGGCUCGCCAAGUUCCUCCGCGGCAACGGCAACGGCGCCUCCGAGUGCAUGUCCGCCGUCGCCGGAUCCUACGGCUACAUCGCGCCUGAGUACGCGUACACGCUGAAGGUGGACGAGAAGAGCGACGUGUACAGCUUCGGCGUGGUGCUGCUGGAGCUCCUCACGGGGCUGCGGCCCGUGGGGGAGCACCUCGGCGAGGACGGGGUGGACCUGGUGCAGUGGGCGCGCGCCCGCGCCGGCGGCGGGGUGCUGGGGCUGCUGGACCCGCGCCUGGGCGGGGACGUCCCCGCGGCGGAGGCGGCGCAGGUCCUGUUCGUCGCCAUGCUCUGCGUGCAGGAGCACAGCGUGGAGCGCCCCACCAUGCGCGAGGUCGUCCAGAUGCUCCAGCAGGCCAAGCACCACCCGCCGACGCCGGCGCCGGCGGCGGCUCCGCCAGACGCCGCCGCCUGCUGAUCGACCGACCUUAUGGACGCAGUCACGCAGCACGCUGCUUCGUCGUCGUAUAGGCAGGCGUCUGUGCGCUGCCACGGCUGCAUCCUACACUUCUGUGCUCCAUUCUUCUGCCUCUGUAAAUGUGACGACGAUGGUGACUAGUACGGUGCGUGUCCGUAUAGUCAGCUGUUAGCAUGCAUGCAGGGUCGUGCCAUGUCGCCCGGCCGGCGGUCGGCGGCAGAGGCCGCCAUGGGAACAUAACCGUGUCAUACUGUACGUGCUAUGCAAAUACAGUGCGUAUUGUCUGGGCACGGCCACUGCCAGUGGCCCCUAGCUCUGCAAUAGUCUAUAUAGGUAGUUGUCUGAAUGGUCGUCUCUGUCUUCACCAGCGCGGACGCAUGCUGACAUGCAUGUCGCCGCAGGACAGCAGCAGGGGUGUACGUCGUGUCUCUGUCGAGCCGCCGCAGGGAUUCGGUGGCCGGAGGCGGCGGAGAUUGUUCCUUUCUUUCGCCUCUCCCUUGGUCGUCGGCAUCUGCCAGCAUGCAUGCACGCCGCAACAAGCCCGCCAUGUCCCUGUCAACGAUAAGCAAGCGGCGCUCUUGUCUCGGUCCACGCUCUCUUCUUUGCAUUGCACAUACGGCAUGUGUGUCCCCUCUGUCUUUUUUCUUUUUUGCUUUUUUUCAUUUGCGGCAACUUGGAGGCUCUCCUUCAUGUCACGUACAGUACGACGUUUGUAUCCCCCC